CAGAGCAGCAUGCGUUCUGGUGGACAAAAUGAGGCGCGUUGCCGCCUCUAGCGCAAAUGGCACAUCGAUAUCGUGCUGCCGUAUUUGUCGAUUGCACUUUCUAAGCGGUUUCAUUGUAACGCUGUUGCUGGUCGAGAUGCGCCCUGCGUCGGCCCCUCUGCGUCAUCCGCUGCGCAAGGCGCCCGCAGGCAGCCAAAGUCCUUCGCUGGACUCGCCUGCCCGCCGCGCCCGCCGAGACGAGCCGUACUUGGCGCAACUUCAGCAGGUUCCACUCCUCCAUUUCGAUUGUGGUUGCAUCCGUGUAGGUGGCAUCGCCUGUCGUCAAGGCGCGCGUCGCCGCACGGCAAACAAGAGACUUCGUCGACGCCGUCUACAGCAGCGGCCCCAACGAUGCGCUUUGCGAAGCGCCUCGGCGCAAGCCACGGCCCCAGACAUGCGUCCCUGGACUUCGCCGCAAGCUUGAAGCCUCGCGCGAGCUCUCGUCCAUCGUCAAACACCCAACGCGGCUUCUCGCCCAGCAGCUCGAGUCAGCGCUGGAGGCCCACAUGAGUGGUCGACCGAACCAGACGAGCGAUUUCCAGAGGGCGCUUUUGGACCAGACGGAAGACCACCAUGCGUUUUUCCACAAGCUCGUUGAGUCGUUGGCGAGCCACUUGGAACUGCAGCCCGCGAGCGUCGGCGUUGGGACGUUCCUACGCCAGUUCUGGACUGUCUACGUUGACGGGUUGUACGAGCACGUGGUGCAUGCCAAGCGGUUGGGGCUCAUCUUUUACAAAAGCCCUCCCGACCCCACGCUCCACCCCACGCGGCAUCCGAUCGAGGCGGACGCAAUCAUAGUACCAAAAACCAGCCCCGAGCUGUGCGUCUCCAAGGCUCCCGUGGGAAUCCUGUCCGAGCGGCCACACUCUGCGAUACCGCAGAGUUUGGCACUAUACCGCGACGGACCGGAAAUGACGGCUUUAAAGCGACUCUUGACCGCCAAGGCGACCACACUGCGCGUGGAACUCGUGUCCAUGCAGCGACUGCGCGAAUCGAUUUUUUCGUCUGUCGUCAACGCCCAAGCCAUGAAACGCGUCGAGAAGGACAAGCGAUCGCGUUUGCACUUGAGCCAGCAAAUGGACCAGCACGCGUCGCUCAUGCAGCGGUACCGACGUGGCAUUCGAGCUGCCCAAACGAUCCUGUGCAGGUACGCCGCGGCGUCCCCGCGCGUCGUGGCAGCAGCGACCUUGAUUCAGCGUAUUCUCCGGCGAAAGAUCGCGAUCAAGCACUGCCACUUGCUUCGUCUCCUCGACCUCAUGAAGGUCAAGUCGCAACCGCUCUUUGAGGAGAAGCUCCAGAUGCGCGGUGCGCUGGCACUCGCGUCCGCGCCGUCGCCUGACAUCCACACGCUGGAAGCACAUUUUACGAGUAUUGUGUGGGAGGUCCAGCGCCUCGUGCGCGACUUGUCGCUGGAUUGGUGGAAACAGAGUUUGAGCGAAGAGCGCGCACGACUCGCGUGGGAGCUCGCCGACGUCUCGGACGAUCUGAAACACGUGACGUCGCUCGUGUCGAUUUUACUUCAAAAUUGCGUUAACUGCAUGGCGCAAUACACGCCGACCAACGAUUCGACGAGUUUACUGCGCUACGUGUCGCCAGCACCACUAAUGAUCGACUCGACCAAGCACAUUGUUGAUCAGAUCACGCACACGAACCUGGCGAUCGAAGACUACAUCAACGCGCUCCGUCAUAAAACGACAAAGGCAGCGCGGACCAUCGCCCUUCAAACGGACGAAGGCAGUGGCUAUGGCCGACACCCUUCCUACUUGGAGGCGCUCGCCAAGAUCGCUGCGCUGUAUGAAGCACCGCCCGACUCGGAUUCGGACGACGACGAGUCCAUCGUCGCGUACGGCUCGGCCGUAUUUCUUUCACUUGUACCGCCGGAAAUAAACUCGGUGACGCCAAGUGCCGACGUGACCUCGGUCGCACCAGCAGCAGCGCGUCGCGUCAAGCUCAGCGACACCAAGCGGCCAAAACGACGUCGGUACUUGGCCAGCAACACGUUGGCCAACAUCCCAGCGGCAUUUGUCCCGAUCUUCAAGCUUCUGGGGGUCACACGCGGCUACAAGGCGCGACCGCUCUCGUUGCCCAACCUCAAACUGCUCCUGCACGACCUCUACACUAGCCGCAUGCUCGUCGAAGAGUACACGCGGCCGCUCCCGGAAUUCAUCUACCAGUUCUUCCUGCGCAAGUACGGGCUUCGCAAGGUGGCCGAGGCGCACGUCGUCGACUUGAUGGCGUCACUCAAGAAAUUUUGGCGCCACGACCCCGAGGUCCACCUGUUUGCCCGAUUUUGCGCGCUCAAAAAUACGCUGCCACUCUCGAUCGACGCGUUCGACUACUUUAUCUGCCUCUUGGGUCAUUUGCAGGCCGGUGAUGGCCAGCAGGCAGAGCCCGUGGUGCCGUACUCUCGCAUUUUGAGCUUGCAUCGUCAUGCGGUCGCGUCGAUCGCACUCUUUGAGCCACAGCGCAUGCUCGAGCUGGUCAACUUCCAGCCAGAUAUGUUGCUCAUGCGGCUCGAGGGCCACAUCAACGGCUUGCCCGAUGUGAUCAACGGCAAGCGUCUUGGGGUCUCGGCCGCCCAUAUUUACUUGGACCGCCACGCGCUUCUCGCCUUGUACGUCUCGGAGUUUGAAGCGAUUGAGCGCCAAGUCGAGCAGCAUCUCAAAGAGGUUUUUCAAAAUGCCGACAUUGACCACAACGGCGAAUUGACGCUCGACGAGUUCAACUCGAUCGUGCAGAAGAUUGAACCGACCCCCAUGUGGGAAGCCCAACGCAUGUUUUUCGAAGCCGUGGCGCUCACCGGCAACGCGCUCGCCGACGCGGUCACGUCCGAGGCUUUUGUUCGCGUGGCCAAAAAGCAAGGGCUGGGCGCUCGGUCCUUCCCCGAUACGCGCCGACACGCUCUCACAGCGCCGAUCGCGCUCGACCAUGGGCUUCUCGCAAGCUAUCACGCGCGGCAUGCAGAGUAG